AUGGAGGAAAAGGAGCAAUUACGGCGACAGAUCCGACUCCUACAGGGUCUGAUUGAUGACUACAGAACUCACCAUGGCAAUGCCCCUGCCCCGUGUGCCUCACCUGCUUCUCGGUGGCAGCCCUCUGCCUACCACAGCAGCAGGUCCUACAGUGCCCGCUACCCUCGUCCGAGCCGAAGGGGCUUCGCCCCACACCACGGGCCUCCAUGGUGUAAGAAGUACUCGCUGGUGAAUCGGCCUCAGGAAUCUGCGGGCCUGCCUGUUGACCCUGUCGAAGAGCCUGACCUCGGGGUUCGGGUCCGACUGCAGCCUGGCCCCCAGCCCUAUGUCCUGGAGAGGCAGGUGCAACUCAGUCCAGAUCAGAGCAUGGUCAUCAAAAUUAAACCACCACCGGCGAAACCAGCCUUGACCGGUGCUUUGGUGGCCCAGCAGGGCCCCUUGGAGCAGCGUGAGGGCCCAUCGUGGCGUGACCAGAGGCCCCAGGAAGGCGAGGGCGAGCCCCCUGGUGGGAAGCUGCAGCCCCCCAGGCCAGGCAGAGUCCAGGACCCCCUGCUGGUCUGCCAGAAGGAGCCUGGCAGACCACGGGCAGUGAGGUCAGUGAGCAGUGUGAGCAGGGGCCCCCCGGAGCCCCGGCGGACAGUCAGCGAGGGUGCCAUCGCUGCCAAGGGCCGAGUCCCGCCUGCCCAGCCUCAGCGCAGCGCUGGGCCCUCUGGCCGGAAGGUGGGUUUUCACUCUGCAUCCAGCUGUUCCGCUCAGCCCCUCACGGACAGAAGGGCCGACGCCGGCCACCCAGAUCAGCCAGCCCCGUUGGGCUUGGUGACAGGCCCAGGCCGAGCAGCCCCGGGGCUCAGGCAGGCCCGGGAGGCCUCACUGCUUGGGUCCUGUCGAACCACCAGGUUCAGGAAGAACAACUACAAAUGGGUAGCCACCUCGGCCAAGAGUCCCCGAGCCGCCCGGAGGGCUCUCAGCCCCAGAGCGGCUGCAUCUCCCAUCAGCCCUGGGGUCUCCCCAAAUGCAUGCAGGGCCUCGGGCAGCGGGUCCCAGUGGGCAGGGAAGCCGCAGACUCAGAGAGCAGACUCAGAGGCCAAGCCCAGGAAGGCCGCCCUGCCUCCCAAGCCUGGGGCCUCCCCAAGUAAGUACAAGUGGAAGGCCUCCAGUCCCUCGGCCAUAGCCUCCUCCUUCCACUGGCAGCCCGAGGCCGGCCCACUCUCCCCUGUCCUGUCGCAGUCCUCCCCUGACAACAGAUGGGCAGCGGGCCCCAGUGGCUUGAAGGCACUCUUUGGGGAGACCCCACUCUCAGGGUACAAGGUGAAGAGUCGCACCAAGAUCAUCCGGCGGCGGGGCAGUGCCAGCCUGCCUGGGGACAGGAAGAGCAGCCCACCUUCCACCUCUGCCAAGAACCGCUGCAGUCUCCGGCGGAGACAGGUCCCUCGGGGGAAGAGUAGCCCUGUUCUGAAGAAGACGCCCACCAGGGGCCUGCUGCAGGUCACCAGGCACCGUCUGUGCCGCCUGCCACCGGGCCGGAUCCACCUCCCUGCAAAGGAAGCCUGCAGCCCGCACACCCUGCGUAUGCCCCCCACCGGCAAAGUGAUCAAGACUCGAUACCGAAUUGUCAAGAAGAGCUUGGCCUCCCCGCUCAGCAACCCUCCCGUCCACCUGCCUUUGCCCACCUGGAGCGCUCGGCGGCUCUCGCUGUCCAGAAGUUCUGUGCUUAAGUCCCUGCGCCCAGCUGCCACUGGAGCUGGGAAAAGUCCACCAGGCGCCCCCCGGUGGCGGAACAAGGGCUACCGCUGCAUCGGCGGGGUCCUCUACCGGGUGUCAGCCAACAAACUCUCCAAGACCUCAGGCCGGCUCAGUGAUGCAGGCAGCAGGCCGCUCCUGCGUACAGGCCGCUUGGAGCCAGCCAGCAGCUGCAGCCACUCCCUGGUCAGCCGGGCCGUGCAGCGCAGCCUGGCCAUCAUCCGCCAGGCGCGGCAGAAGAGGAAGGAGAGGAGAGAGGAAUACUGUAUGUACUAUAACCGCUUCGGCCGCUGCAACCGCGGGCAGCUCUGCCCCUACAUCCAUGACCCUGAGAAGGUGGCUGUGUGUACCAGGUUUCUCCGGGGCACCUGCAAGAAGACAGAUGGGACCUGCCCCUUCUCCCAUCACGUUUCCAAGGACAAGAUGCCGGUGUGCUCCUACUUCCUGAAGGGGAUCUGCAGCAACAGUAGCUGUCCCUACAGCCAUGUGUACGUGUCCCGCAAGGCGGAGGUCUGCCAAGACUUCCUCAAAGGCUACUGCCCCCUGGGCACCAAGUGCAAGAAGAAGCACACACUGCUCUGCCCCGACUUCUCCCGCCGCGGUGUCUGUCCCCGAGGUCCCCAGUGCCAGUUGCUCCAUCGUAGUCAGAAGUGUCCCGGCCGCCAGGCAGCCCCGGCCUCCGCAGCCAAUGACACGUCCCCCAGGAGCAGAAUUGCUUCUAGCCAUGGGUCCAGAAAGCUCUCAGCUGCCCAGCGUCCCUCCAGGCCGACACCUGGUUCCCCCUGCUCCAUGGUGGCUGCCCUGCCCCCACCCCCCUCCUCCCUGGUGGGCUUAGCCUUGGCCUCCAGUGUGUUGUCCACAGCCUCCUCCUCUGCUUCCUUGGACCCUGAGGCGGCCUCAGUCUCGGAGCCUGCGUCCGCUGUGAUGAGCACCAGGCUGCCCUCCUUCAUCUCGUUGCGGAGCUCCCCCAGCCCGGCCCGCCAACCCAGUGCCCGUCCCCUUGGGAGCUCCCCCAGCAAAGACUCAGCUUUAACCUGGCGCUGUGAGGAGCUGUCCAGUCUCCUGCGUCUACCUGAGGAGGCUGCAGGGGUAAACAGGAUGAGGGGACAGCUGAGGGUCCAGAUUCCUAAUGUGGGACAGCCUCGAUCCCGCGGCCGUCCCUCCUUCAAGGACCUCCCACCCUGUCGCCAGACUCCUCCUUCCCCGAGGGUCACCCGCUUCGCGCGCCCGUCUCCCCUAGCGCCUCUCAUUCUGGAGCCCGGCCCGGUCACCGCCGUGCGUCCCGAGCGCCGCGCGGUGUCACCGGGUCAGGACACAGGAGAUUCCGGCAUCGCGCUAGCCGGGACUGGACUCAAGCGGGGAGGGGACUCCAUGCGCAAGGCCCCCGGGGACAAAGGGCUGGGUUCCCCUCCUCCCCAAACUCUCUGGCAGUCGCGUUUCGGACACGAGAACCUACAGGGUUGCAGCUGUUUCCCGCCUGAGAUUGACAACUGGGCUCCGCGGUUGCCAUGGGGACAGGCAAAUAAGGGGGCGGGUCCAGAGAGACGAUUGGUCCUGGGGUGCGUGCCCCCACCCUGGGAGGCGGGCCCGGGUGCCCGCCUCUAUAAAGAGGCGCGCGCGAGCUUGGGCGCGGGUCGUGGUAGGCGGGGCCGGGCCCGGCUAGGCUACGCGCUGUGA